UUGGGCCUUCGGCGGGCACGUGCGAGGAGGGUGCACAGAAGCUUCUGGGUCUGAGGGAAACGAUUUCACAACGAAGAUCUGAAAUUCUGAGUUCUGAACUGUGGAAUCAGGUUUUGUUUUCAUUAUCUUCCUCAAUAAGCAAUGUCUUCUCCCGCUGAGUUUUACCACUCUCUUCCGCCUAUAACCAAGGCUUAUGGCACCGUUUGCCUGUUGGCUACCGCAGCUUACCAACUUGGAUUAUAUCAUCCAUUUCACAUUGCACUAUUGUACGAACGAGUUUUCUACGGUUUUCAGGUUUGGAGGCUGUUCACAAACUUAUUUUUCCUUGGACCAUUCUCUAUCAAUUUUGGGAUUCGUCUCUUAAUGAUAGUAAGGUACGGUGUCCAACUUGAGAAGGGACCAUUUGACCGACGAACUGCUGAUUUCUUGUGGAUGAUGAUAUUUGGUGCCUUUACUCUAUUGGUUUUGUCAGCUAUCCCCAUUUUUUGGUCCCCAUUUUUAGCAGUACCACUUGUUUUUAUGCUCCUUUAUGUCUGGAGUAGAGAAUUUCCGAAUGCUCAAAUCAACAUAUAUGGACUUGUUGCACUGAAGGCCUUCUAUCUUCCAUGGGCGAUGCUUGCCUUGGAUGUCAUUUUUGGCUCGCCUCUUAUACCUGAUCUCUUAGGUAUCAUCGCAGGACAUCUGUACUACUUCUUGACAGUGUUGCAUCCACUAGCAGGUGGAAAGAACAUUUUGAAGACUCCAAUGUGGGUACAUAAAUUGGUUGCAAGGUGGAGAAUUGGAGUGCAACCAGUUAGCCGUGGGCAGCCUGCUAAUAACCCUCAGCAAGAGAGGGGCACGGCCUCGGGAGUUGCUUUCAGGGGAAGAUCCUAUCGGCUUGGUGAUUAGAUUCAAUAAAGGUAUUGGAUUUACCUGAUCAAUUAUUUCAUCAUCUCUUAUUGGUUUUUGACAUGACACCACUGACAAGUGAGCUAAACAUCAGUUGGGAAUUUUAGAAUGGGAGCUAAACAUCAUUGAAAAUCAAACUUUCUGUCGAGGGCAGCCUUAUAAUUUUCAAUGAAUUCUCUGCGGAGCUUUUACAUGUAAGAGUUAGUACAGGUUUAUGAAUUAAUUGUCGAUUGUUCAUCCUAAAUCACUUUCAAGAUAUGUACACUUUUGUAUUCAGUAUGAAAGCUAGUUCCGUAAUUUUCGCUUCCAAUUCUAAUACUCGUUCCCAGAGUCAAUCGUGCUCCUGUGUAAGAAAAUAAAGGAAAAUUUGAUCA